GAAAAGUUGGAUACAAAACAGGGUAAGGAAGAGCGAAAAUGCUCGGUAAAUUAGUGAACAAAUUCAAGAAACAUUCACUACAAGAAGAAAUAACAAGCAGUACUGGUUUACUCGGAUCUGUUCCUAAUAAUGCUAAUCCUGGAAAUAACAGAAUAACAACAACACUGCCAACUGGAACAAUAAUGGCAGUAGUUCCUCAGCAACCAAAUCGUCGAAGUGCUCGAAUAAGUGCACUUUACGAGGACAAUAGUGCGUUGGGGAUGAUUGACUCGGGAACCGAAUCAGAUGACGAUGAAUUAGAACAACUUGAUUCCAAUUUGAACAGAGCGCCUUCAACGGAUAUAAUGGGAAGCAGUCCACCAAACCUGACCAGCUCACCACCUCUAGUUAGUGAAUUCGAAACAGACAGCUGGGACAGUACAGGCUGUGAAUCCGGUAUCGUGUUGCACGAUAGAAGUAGUGAAAUCAGCGAGACAUCACAAGAUAAUAUUUUCGACGAAGUUAUAAGAGGCACUAAUUGUGUCACAAUAACUACAGCAACAAUGUCUUUGAUGAAUACGGGUAAAAUUAAUGAAGGUAUUGUAAGUACGAACGGAUGCAAUAAUACUGACUCAGGGAAAGCCGAGACGGGCGCAUUUCGUCCAGUUACUAGACGUUACAUUCAGAAUGGAUCGAACAAAGAUUCUGGAACGAUGAUUGAGAAAAAUAUUGCAUACGAUUUAGUGCUUACCAACCAUCACCAGCAAGAACCACAACAACCAGUAGUAACCCAAGGAAUAAUUGGAGAGAAACGUCGAUACGAAAGUAUAACAUCAAAACUUCGUUUUGGUCGUGAAACCCCCAAAUCACCCUCCUCCCCGAUUGCAACUCGACUUCGCAGUUACAACAGCAAUGGAAAUGGUGACAGUACACGUGAAACACUUAUUGCGGCACGUCGACAACCGGUCAAAGUGAUUAUUCACAAUCCUAGUGUUCGACGCUCAUCUCUAGCACUUACAACAAUCAAUGAUCAGCAUCAUCAGCAGUCGAACAAAACGGAUCCCGCCAAUGAACUGGAUGCGUUGCCCACGCAUCCACUGAAGCGUGGUCGGAUGAUCAGCAGCGGUCGGCCAUCGCUGGAUUUCGAAAAAAUGCGAGAGCGAUUAGUGGUAAGCAAUGUUUGCGGCAUUGGAUCUCAAGAAUUCGUCGAUUCAGCGAUGGGUAAUAGUGAUAAAGACAUCGAGAAGCGAAAACAAGACUGGGCGCUGGCAACUUUUAUCUUAGGCGGACGUCGCUGCCCGCAGCACCAACAGGUGCGCUGCCAACAAACUGAUUGCACAUUCCGACCCGUCGAUUGUGACGGUACACAAACGGGUAGUGGUGGUGGUGGUGGUAAUAGCAAUAGUAGUAGUAAUAGUAAUGGUGACCAAUGA